AUGACACCAGUCUCGUUCCACAUCAAGAUCUAUUCCGACACCGUUUGUCCAUGGUGCUACAUCGGUCUCAAAACCUUAGAACAAGCAAUAACACUCUACCAACGCACCUACCCCGGCGGUUCCAAAGAUUUCUUCCACAUAACCUGGUCACCUUUCUAUCUAGACCCCUCAGCCCCUAUCCCAGGCAUCCUCGCAGAAACCCGCAUAGCACAAAAAAACGGAGCCGAUCGUGCAGAAGGGAUUAAACUGCGACUUCGGCGUGUCGGGAAAGCUCAUGGUAUUGAUUUCACUUUUGCUGGUAAAGUUGGGAAUACGAGGGAUUCGCAUCGGUUGAUGUAUUUGGCUGGAUUGAAGGGAGAGGAUGUGCAGAUGAUGUUGGCAAAGGAGUUGUUCAAAGCGCAUUUUGAAGGUGACGCUGAUAUUACUGAUCAUGUCGUUUUGAUCAAGGCUGGAAUUGCUGCUGGUAUGGAGGAAAAAGUGGUCGUCGCAUGGCUGGAGAGUGACAAUGGAGGAGAAGAAGUGGAUAGAGAGGCGCAAAAAGCCAGGGAGUCAGGAGUGAACUCAGUGCCAACGUUUGAGAUUAACGGAAAGAGGCUCGAAGGUGCAGAAGAUGUUUCGGCUUUCUAUGAAGCGUUCAGUGAAAUUAAAGAGACCCUAUGCUGAUGAUAGGCGUCGAUCGAUAGAUGUCAUCGUGUCCAUCAUUAACUCAUCUUAUUCCUCGGCGCUUCAUCUCUUCCUUCAAUUCCAAAGAUUCUUUCUUCAGCUGCUCAUUGCUAUA